AUGGAGGUGCCACCGUCUGUGGAGAUCACCGACGGGCAGCGCCUUGAGACUGAGCAGCUGCAGGACGAGAGCAGUAUGGAUGGAGUACAGCAGAGUGGGGGGCAGGAGAUAGGGGAGCAGCAGACAGGGGAGCAGCAGAUUGGGGAGCAGCAGACAGGGGAGCAGCAGAUUGGGGAGCAGCAGACAGGGGAGCCGCAGACAGGGGAGCAGGAGAUGUGGGGAAUUAGAGACGGUGGUCGUGUGUUGGUUUCUGGGACGACCACUGCACCAUUGCGUCGCUCCACUCGCAUCACUUGUGGUGUCCCGCCUGGCCUUGCUGUAGUAUGGCAGGGGAGUGUUAGAGGGCCCUACGACAGCAAGGGCCCUCGAUGA